AUGCAAUCAGUCCAUGACAGCAAAUCGGGCCAACAAACGAGCAAGAUUGAGAUUACAUCUACCGGUCUGUCCCUGGUCACGAAUACCUACAGUACUCUAAACUCGUUAAACCAACAAGCGUACAAACACAAGGGACGUCGUAUUCAGAACGGGCUAGACGGAAAUGUGGGUAUAGUACGACAAGAUUACGAGACAACAAAAGUGGAUGACGAAUUUCUUUCUGCUACGUAA